UAUAAACUCCGAAUCAGAACGACAUCUGAUCUAAUCCCACCCGGACCCGUCCGAUCCCACCGUUCAUGCACUGACUGUGAUCGUUACAGAGAGCGAGAGCGGGAUGGAGGAUGAGGAGGAGAGGAGGAACAAGCUGGAGGCCGCUAAAGCUAAGCUGGCGGAGUACAGACAGAGGAAAGCUCAGAGCGACACACAGAAGAAACAGAAGAAGAAGAAGAAGAAGAGACCCGAGCAGGACCAGGGAGAAGAACAGGAAGUGAGUGGAGACAGACAGGAAGUUCCCAAUACUGAGUUUUCCUUUUCUAAGAGGCUUCAGGCUGGAGAGAGAGUUCAGCACGAUCAGACGUACACCAUCGAGCCUGAGAGUGAAAUCUCCACCACAGCAGAGGAUUAUUCCUCAGAGGUGAACGGUCACGAGCUGCUCCAGAAUUCACUGGACUUUGCGGAUGAGGAUCUUCACCCUCCCGGCAGACUGCAGGAGGUGGAGGAUGAACUUGCAGCCAAGAACGUGACGGUUGAGGAGAUGAGCCAAGAGCUGGAGGCAAUCGGAGCUGAAGGAGUGCAACAGCUCCAGGAUUUUGAGGCGGCUCUGAAGCACAGAGACGAGAUCAUCACCCAGCUGACGGCGAACCUGCAGCAGGCUCGAACCGAGAAGGACGAGGUGAUGCGAGAGUUCCUCCAGCUAACCGAACAAAGCCAGAAGCUUCAGCUCCAGUUCCAACAGUUGCAGGCAGGCGAGUCGUUGAGAAGCUCCAGCAUCAGCAGUACAGCUUCAGAUCUCAUUCAGGCCCGGCAGCAGGUUCUGCUCUACCAGCAGCAGCUUGGUGAACGGGACACGAAGGUCAAAGAUCUCCAGGAGAUGCUGGAGGAGAAGGAUGUGAAGGUCAGAAGUCUUGAGGAGACAGCGUUACAGGUCACUAAGGAGAGAAAAGAAUCGUUUGCACAAAGCCUAGAGGCGAAGGACUUGCGGAUAGCAGAGCAGGAAAGGCUGGCUUCAGAGCAUGAACAAUCAUUAGCGCGACUCCGAGACAAUCUCCAAGAAGUUAGCGAACAGCUAGCCGCGAAGGUCCGUCAACUGGAGGCUUGUGAAGCAGAGCUUCAGACUUCCAAACAAAAAGAGCGACUCUCCUCUGGGGAGAUCUUGCAACUGAUGGGCACGGUGGAGACCCUUCAGAAACGCUGUCACCAGGGUAGCCAGUCAGAAGAUGAGGUCCUUCAGAGGGCAGAGCAGAACGCCACCAAAAGGCUGGACCUCUUGAGGGCAGAACUGGAUGAGAUGUACGGUCAGCAGAUAGUUCAGAUGAAGCAGGAGCUCCUGGCUCAGCAAGCGGACGAGAUGGCGAGUGUCCUGAGUCAGCAUUCCAGGGAACGUGAAGCAAUCCUGGAUCAGCAUCGCCUCGAGAUGAAGCAGCUGACGUCUCAGUUGACUCAGAGCACCGGGGACGUGAACGCCCUGAACGUCCGCGUGAUCGAGCUCCAGCAGCGUCUGCAGGAGACCCAGGUCCUGCGAGACAGGGCCGAACAGGACAUCCAACAACUCUCCGGGGUGAAGCUGUUCCUGCAGAACCAGGUGCAGAAGCUCACUGAGGACUUGCGCUCGAAAAACCAAGAGAAGAGCCAAUCAGAGCUGCAUCAGCAGCUUCAGUCAACGAUCAAUGAUCUUCAGGCUCAGUUAGACGCUGCUCAUGAAGCCUCGAGCGAGCUGGAAGCCAAGCAUGAAUCUGAGAUUACCAACUACCGGAUCAAGCUGGAUAUGCUGGAGCGAGAGAAGGAUGCCGUACUUGACCGAAUGGCCGAGUCCCAGGAGGCAGAGCUAGAACGGCUUAGGACCCAACUGCUCUUCAGCCACGAGGAAGAACUGACCAAGCUCCGUGAAGAUCUUCAGCGUGAGAGUCAACUGAACGUGCAGAACCUGCAGGAUGAGCUUGAGCGGCGACAUCAACAGACCGCCGAACAACUCAAGAACGGGUUCCAAGAGCAGUUGAAGGUGGCUCACGACGAGAAAGCCGUCUUGUCUUCGGAAAGAGUCUCGCUGUUGCAGGAAAUCGUGGCACUGAAAAACGAUCUGAGCCAAGCGCUGGAGAACUCUCGAGUCGAGGAGAUGGUCGGGCAGCUGAAGGAACUGCAGACGGAGAUUCAAGAGCUCAGAAGGAAGCAGAGCGAUCAAGUAGAACUUGAAAAAGAACCGUCAGAAAGAAUCCAGACGGACUUGGAGUCUGGAAAGAAGCUUUUAGAAGAAAGAAACGCGACCUUAGCAGAGGAACUGAAGUCUCUAAGAGAAGACCGAGAGAUACUACUGAAGACCAUGGAGAACCUCGCCUCAGAGAACCAGCAAGCAAACCAGACAGCCGAGGAGCUCCGAGCUGAAAUUGAGAAGCAGAAAAGCAUGUUUGCGUUUGCAGAGAAGAACUUUGAGGUGAACUAUCAGGAAUUGAAGAUGGAUCUGGAAAAACGGCUUCAGGAGCAGGCGAAAGUCCAAAGCCUGGAGACACGGCUUCAAACGGUACAGCAGGAAACAGAGCGUAGACCACACGAGGAUCCAGAUGGAGAAGCUUUAGUGGAGAAAGACUCUACCGAACUAAUGGAGAAGUUGCAAACAGUGGAGCUGGAGAAGAUGGACCUACUAAAACAAGUCAAAGAAAAAGACGAAGCAUCGAAGAAGAUCCAACUAGAGAAUGUAGAUCUUGUGGGCCAGCUUGAGGGCAAAGAGGUGCAGUUAAAGGAAGCAGAUCAGGAGAAGGUAGUCCUGUCGGAACAGACGGACAAGAAGACGAUGGAGCUAAAUAAGAUGGAAAGAGAAAUCACAAAGCUGGUAGAGCAGAUUGAGCAGAAGGAGGUGGAGCUCAAGAGGGUAGACCAAGAAAAGGUGGAGCUAGAGCAACAGGUGACUCUAAAGGAGGAGGUACUACAGCAGAAGGAGGAGGCGCUGCAAAGGGUGGAGCGGGAGAAGGAAGGACUUAAGCAACAUGUGACCCAGAAGGAGGCAGAACUACACAAACUGAAGGAGGACCUACAGAGGGUGGAGCUUAAGAACGAAGGGCUUGUGGAACAAGCGGCAUUGGUGGAACUGGAGAAGACAGGGCUAGCGCAACAAGUGGAGCAGCAAACGUUGGAGCUACAAAGGAUGGAGCUGGAGAAGACAGGUCUUACAGAAGUGGUUGACCACAAAGAGUCUGAGCUUAAGCAACAGCUGGACCAGAAGGAGAAGGUGGAGCUCAAGCAAAAGCUAGACCACAAAGAGGCUGAGCUACAUCAGAAGGAAAUGGAACUUCUGAGCUUGCAGCAGCAGAACGUGGCGCUUGUGGAACAGCUGGACCAGAAAGAGGUGGAGAAGGCGGAGCUUAAGCAACAGCUGGACCAGAAGCAGAUAGAGUUAGAGGAGAAGGUGGAGCUCAAGCAAAUUCUAGACCACAAAGAGGCUGAGCUACAUCAGAAGGAAACAAAACUUCUGAGCUUGCAGCAGCAGAGCGUGGCGCUUGUGGAACAGCUGGACCAGAAGAAGGUGGAGCUACAGCAGGUGGAACUGGAGAAGGCGGAGCUUAAGCAACAGCUGGACCAGAAGGAGAAGGUUAAGUUCAAGCAGAAGCAAGACCACAAAGAUGCAGAGCUACAGCAGAAGGAAACGGAACUUCUGAGCUUGCAGCAGCAGAACGUGGCGCUUGUGGAACAGCUGGACCAGAAGGAGGUGGAGCAACAGCAGGUGGAACUGGAGAAGGCGGAGCUUAAGCAACAGCUGGACCAGAAUGAGAAGGUGGAGCUUAAGCAAAAGCUAGACCACAUUGAUGCAGAGCUACAUCAGAAGGAGACGGAACUUCUGAGCUUGCAGCAGCAGAACGUGGCGCUUGUGGAACAGCUGGACCAAAAGAAGGUGGAGCUACAGCAGAUGGAAGUGGAGAAGGUGGAGCUUAAGCAACAGCUGGACCAGAAGGAGGUGGAGUUACAGGAGAAGGUGGAGCUCAAGCAAAAGCUAGACCACAAAGAUGCAGAGCAACAUCAGAAGGAGACGGAACUUCUGACCUUGCAGCAGCAGAACGUGGCGCUUGUGGAACAGCUGGACCAGAAGGAGGUGGAGCUACAGCAGGUGGAGCUUAAGCAGCACCUGAACCAGAAGGAGGUGGAGCUACAGCGGGUGGAACUGGAAAAGGCGGAGCCUCAACAACAGCUGGAGCAGAAGGAGGUGAAAUUAGAGGAGAAGGUGGAGCCCAAACGAAAAGCAGAACUACAUCAGAAGGAGUCUGAGGUUCAGAGCGUGCGACGGCUGGAUGCGAAAAAGGCGGGGCUACAGACGAAAGGGGCGGGGCUGCAGAAGGUGGAGGAGAAGGCGCCUCAGAAGAAGAAGGCCGGGCAGCGGAAGAGGACGACGCCUCAGAAGGCACCAGGUGUGCAACAGGUCGACCAGAAAGACCGAGCUCCACAACAGAAGGAGGCGGAACGUCGGGGGAUGAAAAAGACAAAGGCGGAGCUUAAGCACCAGGUAGAUCAAAAGGAGGAGCUACAGAGGAAGGAGGCGGAGUCUGCAGACCUUAAGGGCGCGAAGGAACCCGAACGAAAGGUGACCGACAGGAUCGAAGUCGACCAGAAAGACCGAGCGCCACGACAGAAGGAGGCGGGACGACGGGGGACGAAAAAGGCGGAGCUUAAGCACCAGGUAGAUCAAAAGGAGGAGCUACAAGAGAAGGAGGCGGAGCCUGCAGACCUUAAGGGCGUGAAGGAACCCGAACGAAAGCUGACCGACAGGAUCGAAGCCUCCGAGAGAGAGCUGGAAGCCGAGAGACGAAAACCGACCGAGAUCAAAGCAGACGAGGCGGGGUUCGGUCCUCUGCUGGCCCCGCCCCUUUCUCCGGCUGCAGAGGAGCGGAGAGGCGGCGAGAUAAGUGUGUGCGCGGCGCAGCGCAGCGAUGGCGUGAAGCAGAAAACACACACUGGCACCGGAGAGCACACACACACCCGGGCAUCGGCUGCAGCCGCGCACACACUCGGCGGGAGGAAAGCCCCGGAGACGGAGCCCGAGGAGCAGGUGGAGAUCAGACAUGGACAGGUAGAAUCGGAACCCCCACUGCUACCCUCCCUCAGCAUGGACGGAUCUGGACACGAGGAGUGCCGGCUACAGAUGGAGGCCCAGAGGAUCAGCCUCUCUCAGAUCCACGCUGCCCACGUGGAGCUGCUCAGGGAGUCGCUGCACCCCGGCACACCUGAGUGGGAGGAGCCUGAGUCACGGGGCGGAGCUACAGUAUCCGAGCCACGCCCGUCCUUGAGCUCCAUCACCCUGCUGAUUGAGGACUGGAUCGGUCUCCUCCAGCUGGUUCCUGCUGUGGGUGGAGACGAGACCGUGGACGCGAGUGAUGAGCACCUCCAGAACCUCCAAACCUCCGCCGUCAGACAGAUCCUAGAAAAUGCUAAAGAGCUGUACAGGAAGUUGAAGCAGUUGAACGUGAGUGUAUCAGCCUCACACACUCGUCUCCCAGCCUCACCGAUGGAGGAUGUAAACCAGGUAACACGCGUGAGGACGGUGGAGGACGUCCACGACUCCCCCAGCCACGAGCUUCAGAAGGAGCGGAGGACGGAACUCCAGCAGGAGGCGAGGAUGAAGAUGGAGCAGCAGGAGGAGGCGCAAAGGCAGGAGAUCCAGCGUCUGAGGAACUACUACAGCCAGCAGAUCAGGGAAACCGAGGAACGCUACACCAGCGAGAUCCUUCUGCUGGAGAACAGACUGCAGGAAAUCACCGGAACAGACGUCCAGUACAGCAUGCCGAGUGUUUCUCCUCAGACACAGGAGCUUCAGAUUCGUCAGUGUGAGAUGGAGGAGGAGAUCGCCAAGGUGAUCGUGCAGAUGUCGGUGGAGUUCGCCAAGCAGAGCGAGAUUCAACGUAUCAGCACGCUGAACGAGAGCGAACGGAGAGACGCCGGGCGAUCGCAGCUGAGGACCAGAGAAGAUGAAGAAGAUGAGGAUGAGGAGAAAGCCAUGGUGAAGGAUGAGGAAGAGGAAGUGACAUCACAACCAUCGGCGGCUCAUACGGACGUGAGGGUGUACCGGACGCUGAUGGACGUGCUGAGGACCACCGAGCUGCUGGAGGAGACCGUCAGGGUCCAGACCGUCGUACAGUCAGAUAUUUUGGACACGAUGGACUCCGGCCCGCUCUCCGUGUCGACGGAGACUCCUGAAGGGGCGGAGGAGGUCCAGGGGGCGUGGCUCUCUGUGGAGGAGGCGGAGUUUGUGAGGGACGUGAGCUGUAGGCUACAGAGGGCAGAGCAGAGACUGAGUCACAUCCUCGCUGAGACUCAAUCACAGCUGGACCACGCCCGGAUCACUCAGACCGAGCUGACGAAGGAGAAGCUCAGCCACGACAAGCGGAUCGCGGAGUUACUGAUCAGGCAGGACGAGCUGCAGCAGAGACUGGAGGACGAGCGAGCGGCCAAAGAGAAGCUAACGCUACAGCUACAGCGCGCCGAAGGUUUGAUCGACGGCUACUCCGGCGAGAGGCGGGCCCUUGAGGAGCAGGUGCGCGAGGGGGCGGAUCUUCAGCAGCAGCUGGAGGUGGAGCUUCAGAUGACGAACAGCCAAUUGCAGGAGCUACAACAGGAGAAGUACGAAAUAAACCAACAGCAGGGGCUGUUACUACGGCAACAAGAGGUCAUGAAGGGCGGAGCCACCGAACCAGAACUACGCCUUGUUGAGGCUGCAGGUGAUGAGGCACCUGAGCCAGGUUUACUGGAGGAGACGGAGAAGCUGAUGCAGGAGAAGGUGGACGUCCAGCGCCAGGCUCAGAAGGAUCACGCUGAGCUUCUCCAGCAGGUAAAGGAGCUGGAGGUGGAGCUGGAGGAGCAGGUAAGAGCCAUAACCAAGCUGGAGGAGACCCACCUUACCGAGAUCACCGACUUCCAGCAGCGGAUCCACGCUCUCGAGAAACAGCUGGAGAACAACCGACGCUUCCUCGAUGAGCAGGCGGUUGACCGGGAGCAGGAGCGAGACGUGUUUCAGCAGGAGAUUCAGAAGCUGGAGCAACAGAUGAAGAGCAGCGCUAAACCUCAGCCUGAUCAUAAACAGGUGCAGGAGCUGAGGGCGGCUCUGAAGGAGAAAGCCGAUCGGUGCAGGGAUCUACAGCAGCGUGAGGAGCAGCUGCAGGAGGAGGCGCGGGAGAGGAACGAGGAGAUCGAGCGUCUGGAGGAGCGUCUGAGGGCGCUGGAGGAGACGCUCGUGGCCCACGCCCAACACGCCGCCCAACACGCCGCGCCCCCCGCCGUACAGAAGGAGGACAGCAGCCAGCAGCAUGCGGCCAUGGCGGGCGGGGGCGGCGCCGCGCUGGAGGUCCUGCUCCAGACCGAGAGGGAGGCUCUGGACAGGAAGGAGAAGGAGAUCGUGAACCUGGAGGAGCAGCUGGAGCAGUUCAGGGAGGAGCUGCAGAACAAGAGCGAGGAGGUGCAGCAGCUCCACAUGCAGCUGGAGAUCCAGAGGAAGGAGAUCAGCACUCAGCAGCAGGAGCUCCAGGUUCACUCCUCAAUACAGACGGUUGUGGAGCAGAAGGACAGGGAGAUAGCGCUGCUCACCGAGCAGAUCGCUCAACUCCGGCUCUCUGAGACCAGGAGACCUGAGGAGCAGGAGGUGGAGCAGAAGACCAUGCAGCUGCGAGAGCUCGAGGCUCAGGUGGAGUACCUCCGCGGAGAGCAAGAACGUCUCAAACAAGACAGCGCGGAGGAAGUCGAGCAGCUGAACUCCGUCAUCGAGAAGCUCCAGCAGGAACUCUCAAAGAUCGAGCACAACCGGCCUCCGGCUGAGACGGAGGACGACGACGAGCACGAGGAACUUAAGCAGAAGAUGGAUCAAGUCCAGAAAGAGCUGGACACGCUCAAGGAUGACCAUUCCUCCCUUCUCGGAAAGUAUAACACCCUGCUAGACGAGGGAGUUGAUCUCGACCUUGAGGAGGUUUUGAGAGAGAAGACUGCAGCACUGGUGGUGGCCCAAGUUCAGGUCCAAGCUCUGGAGGAAAGUGCAAGUUCCAGAGUCACAGAUUUGACCCAGCAAGUGGAGGAACUGGAGAUGUGCCUGAAAGAGAAGGACCUGGAGCUGAAAGAUUGUCAUUUAGAGGUCAGGAAAGCACAAGCCGACGCGGGAACCCUUCAGCUAAAGAUUUCACAACUGGAGAAGAAACUCGAGGAGAAGGUGGCCAGUUUCAGCCAGCUGGUGAACGAAGAUCAUGUCGAUCCAAACGUCCAAACCAAAGAACCUCAGUCGAAGAGUCAGAGUGGAGAACUUUUGGACAGAUCCACUGCUGGAAAAGAGAUGGAAUCAAAGGAUCAGUCUGGGAAACCACUGGAGGAAUCAAAGGUUCAAGCUGUAGAACCAUCUAACAAACCUAUUUCUGGAAAGGAAUCUGAUGAUGAUUCUCGGGCACCAAAGGAUGAAUCUGCUAUGAAAGUGAAAUCCAAAGAACAAACUGGGGAGAAACCAUCUUCUGGAAAAGAAUCCAUCAGUAUCAAAGAGGUGAAAACGAAGGUUCAAACUGGUGAAUCAUCUGCCAAACCUACUUCUCAUGCUUCUGGAGAACCUCGAGAUGAAUCCAUCACUGUUAAAGAAGUAGAAAGAAAGGUUCAGACUGGAGAACCAACCAAGGAACAACAAGCUGAAUCCAUAACUGCUAAAAACGUGGAACCAACGGUACAAACUGGAAAACCGUUGGACAAACCAACUUCUGGAAAACAGGCAGAAUUAAAUGAUCAAUCUGGAGAACUAUUAGAUGAAGCCAGUGCUAUUAAGAAAGCAGAAGGAAAGGUUCAAGCUGGUGAAUCAUCUGACAAACCUACUUCUGGACCCACCAACUCUGGGGAACCACAGAACAAAUCCACUGUUAAAGAGGGAGGAACUGUUAAAGAAGGAGGCACUGUCAAAGAGGUGGAAACAAAGGUUCAAGCUGGAGAACCAUCUGACAAAGCUACUUCUGAUGAUUCUGGAGAACCUCGGACUGAUUCCGUCACUGCUAGGAAGGUGGAAUCAAAGGAACAAACUGGGGAAUUGUUGGCCAAGCCAUCUUCUGGCAAAGAAAUGAAAAUAAACGAUCAAUCUGGGAACCCACUGGAUGAAUCCACCACUGGUAAAGAGGUAGAAACAAAGGUUCAAGCUGGAGAACCAUCUGACAAAGCUACUUCUGGAAAGAAGAUGCCAUCAGAUGAGAACUCUGUGAAGCCACAAGAUAAAUCCACUGUUAAAGAGGUGGAAACAAAGAUUCAAGGUGAAGAACCUUCUGCCAAACCUACUUCUAAUGAUUCUGAAGAACCUCGAGAUGCUGCUAGGAAGGUGGAAUCAAAGGAACAAACUGGGAAACAUCUUCAAGCUGGUGAAUCAUCUGACAAACCUACUUCUGGAAAGGAGAUGGGAUCAGAUAUGAACUCUUUGGAGCCACAAGAUGAAUCCAUCACUGUUAAAGGGGUAGGAACAAAGGUUCAAGCUGUAGAACCUCAAGAGGAAUCCAUAACUGCUAGAAAGGUGGAAACAAAGGAACAACCUGGGAUACUGUUGGACAAACCUUCUUCUGGAAAAGAGGUGGAAUCAAAGGAUCAAUCUGGGAAAUCACUGGAUGAAUCCAUCACUGGUAAAGAGGUGGAAACAAAGAUUCAAGCUGGAGAACCAUCUGACAAAGCUACUUCUGGAAAGGAGAUGGAAUCAGAUAAGAACUCUGUGGAACCACAGAACAAAUCUACUGUUAAAGAGGUUCAAGCUGAAGAACCUUCUGCCAAACCUACUUCUGAUUAUUCUGAAGAACCUCGAGAUGAAUCCAUCACUGCUAGAAAGGUGGAACCAAAGGAACAAACUGAGAAAUUGUUGGACAAACCAUCUUCUGGAGAACCUUCAAACAAACCUAGUCCUGGAAAAGGAACGGCAUCAGAUGUGAACUCUGGGAAACAUCAAGCUGAAUCCGGAACAGCUAAAAGCGUGGAACCAAAAAUACAAACUGUAGAACGGUCGGAUAAACCCACUACUGAAGAACAAGAUGAAACCCUCAUAGCUGGCUCAGUGGUAUCUAGUCCAGGGACUCAACACUGUGAAGAAAAUCCACUGGAAAAGAAGAAGUUCCUGAUGGAGAAGCUGAGAAGUUUGGAAGUCGAUCUGAGUUCCAUGCAGAAGGACCAGGAAUUACAGAAACAGCUCCUGACCGGUACGGAGGAGGAGGUUCAGGAGUACGAGAGAAGGCUCGCCAAGGUCAUGGAGCUCCUCGACCGAAUGAGAAGCAAACCUUCACCUCAUGUACAGGUCUCGAGUGUAGGUGGUGCAGCGAUGGAGGAGCUUCAGCGCUCGUUACAGGAGCUGAAGAACCAAUCAGAAGCCGCUAGAGUGGAGCUGGACGGCAGUGAGGAGCUGAGAAGGAAUCUAGAGGAGCAGUUACAGGAGCGUGAGAUGACGAUGGCUCUGCUGAAGGAGCAGCUACACGAGGCUUCAGGUGGAGACCAGAGUUCCACGCUGCUGCAGGACCUUCAGGAUGUUCAGCAGGAAGCGGCAGCUGCUAAAGAAGAACUCAAGGGCUGCAUGGAGCACAACCUCAGACUGCAGGAUCAAAUCCAGGCCUCGAGUGUAGGUGGUGCGGCGAUGGAGGAGCUUCAGCGCUCGUUACGGGAGCUGAAGGACCAAUCAGAAGCCGCUAGAGUGGAGCUGGACGGCAGUGAGGAGCUGAGCCGAGAUCUUCAGGAGCAGUUACAGCUGAAGGAGUCGCAGAUAGAGAAGCUGCAGGAGGAUCUACAGAAGGCUUCAGGACCUGUCAGUGAUGGAACCUCCACUGCAACAUCAGAGCUUCAUCAGGAACUUCAGGAGCUGAAAGAUCAAGCUGAGCUCACCAAAGAGGAACUGAGCAGCUGCAGAGAGCUCAUCCAACAUCUGCAGAAACAGAUAGAGGAGCGUGAGAUGACGAUGGCUCUGCUGAAGGAGCAGCUACACGAGGCUUCAGGUGGAGACCAGAGUUCCACGCUGCUGCAGGACCUUCAGGAUGUUCAGCAGGAAGCGGCAGCUGCUAAAGAAGAACUCAAGGGCUGCAUGGAGCACAACCUCAGACUGCAGGAUCAAAUCCAGGCCUCGAGUGUAGGUGGUGCGGCGAUGGAGGAGCUUCAGCGCUCGUUACGGGAGCUGAAGGACCAAUCAGAAGCCGCUAGAGUGGAGCUGGACGGCAGUGAGGAGCUGAGCCGAGAUCUUCAGGAGCAGUUACAGCUGAAGGAGUCGCAGAUAGAGAAGCUGCAGGAGGAUCUACAGAAGGCUUCAGGUGGAGACCAGAGUUCCACGCUGCUGCAGGACCUUCAGGAUGUUCAGCAGGAAGCAGCAGCUGCUAAAGAAGAACUUAAGAGCUACAUGGAGCACAACCUCAAACUGCAGGAUCAAAUCCAGGCUCGAGACGCGUCCAUCACCCAGAUGAAGGAGGAGCUUCAGCAGUUACGUGCAGCUGUAUCCAGAUCCUCAGAAGAUCAGGAACCUCCUCAGUCGCAGGAGAAAGCAGGAGGAGAACCUCCAGGACAGAUCAGAGAGAACACCUCAGGAUCCAGGAGGAGCCCCGACGCCACGCCCUCGACUACCCACGCUGCCGGCGCUCCGAGCGUGCUCGGUGUGGACGCAGGGACGCAGGUGAAGGAGGCGGAGUCAGGGGCGGAGCUGGACCAGGUGAUGGGAGAGUACACGGAGCGGAUCCGCCAGAUCCGGGAUCUCCACGCCGCCGAGAUCAUGGACAUGGAGAACCGGCACAUCACAGAGAGCGAGAACCUGAGGACGGAGAACCAGAGACUGGAGCAGGAGUGUGAGGAGCUUAGAACCGCCCUGCACAGGCUGCGGUCAGGCCACGCCCAGGUUGUGAGAUCAGAUCCCUCCUCGUCCUCACCGUACAGAGACGGUUACACCAGCGACAGCAGUUCGGAGCUGGGCUCUGAGACCAGGAUCACCCCCGAGGGGUCUCGCCCGGAUGACACCCACCUCCUGCCCGACAGCAUCAAGACGUUACUGAGGGAGGUCCACCAGGAGGGGAUGCAGGUUCUCUCUCUGUCUGAGCUGGACGUUGGUGAUCAGUCUGUAGAUGGUAACGCUGCUCUGUUAGCAGAGAUAUCACGUCUCAGAGCUCAGAUCAGUCAGCUACAGCAACAACAUCAUCAACAGCGCCACCCUGCUGAUACUACAGGAGCGUUUGAAGGUCACCUGACGUCAGCCGGACGGAGGGACGGAGGACGACCGGAGGACGAGUGUGAGAGGCUGAGGGUGGAAGUGUCUCAGCUCCGACUGGAACUGGAAACGUCACUCAAAACCCAGCACACACACCUGAGGGAGCUGGACACACUCAGGGCGGAGGUGAGCAUGAAGGUGAAGGAGCUGGACUCGCUGAGCGACAGGCUGAUGGAGGAGCAGAAGCGGGUGAGAGAGCUACAGUGGGAGGUGGAGAGAGAGAGCAGUCGGGCGGAGAGGAGAGCUGAGGGAGAACGUGAGGAGCUCGAGGAUGUAAGACUGGCUCUGGAGGAGGAGCGACGGCUUUCAGAUCAGAGAGACGCCGAGCUCUCCAGACACUCCGGCCUCCAUUCUCAGCUGCAGGUGCAGUUGGAGUCUCAGCGCUGCCAGAUGAAUGAACUGAACUCUGACCUUCAGAAGGAGAAGCAGCUCAACGCUGAACUCAUCAAACAGCUACAGCGCCCCCAACAGGUAGAAGACAGUUCCCCCUGUGUGGCGGACUGUGUCCUACAGUCUCUGCAGGACCAGCUGAACGAGAAGCAGCUAGCCCUGGUAGAUCUGAUGGAGCAGGAGGAACAGAGGAAGCUACAGGAGAUCCAGCACAGACAGGCGUGGACGGAGGAGAGGACGUGCCUGUCCCGCCGGGUGGACGAGCUCCAGGACCUGCUGCGGGGCGAGAGAGACCGAGGGAAGGACGUGAAAGGAGAAAGAGACAGGCUUCAGAGGACGGUCGCCGAGCUGAUGGACAAGAGCAGACACGCCGGUCAGACACCUGACCACGUGGUGCAGCAGAAAUCGGACAAGGUUGUCCCUCAGGGGUCCGUUAGUACUCCCGUACUGAACACGACGGACGUGACGGACAUCAGAAACACCAACGGCGUCGUUGCUAAGUUACAGCUCGUCUCCAGCAAAAUCAAGAAGCUUGGUGUGGAUGGUGCAGACAGAGAAAGCAUCUCCUGGAUACAGAGGGACGUGCAGGAUAUCAUGUCUCUGCUGCAGAGAGUCUCCUCAGCGCCCCCUGCUGUUCCGGAGAGCGUCCCCUCGCUGACCGGCGUUUCCUCCGGAGCGCUGACGGAGCGCCUGCUGCGCCAGAACGCCGAGCUCACGGGCUUCGUGAGCCGCCUGACGGAGGAGAAGAACGAGCUGAGGAACCAGAUGCUGAAGCUGGAGGAGGAUCUGAGGAGACUGCGCCACCUUCAGGCACACGGCUCGCUGAGAUCCGGGUCUGAGGGUCAGGAGUUCAUCUCCUCCGCCGAGUGGGAGGUGUGGAGGAGGGAGAAGAGCCGGUUAGAGAAAUCCCUGCGUCAGGCGGAGGCGGAGAUUAAUCGUCUCCGGGUGGAGAUCCGAUCCGAGACGCUACGAGACCUCUCCACGUCCGACGCCGACAACGCCACGCUGAAGAGGAUUUAUGGGAUGUACCUGCGCUCGGAGAGCUUCCGUAAGGCCCUGAUCUAUCAGAAGAAGUACCUCCUGCUGCUGCUGGGUGGCUUCCAGGAGUGCGAGGAGGCCACGCUGUCCCUGAUCGGCCGCAUGGCCGGACCCCACCUACGCCCACAGACCCCCCGUCUGGAGUACGCCGGCCACACCCGACGCCGUGGGUACACCCGCUUCAGAACCGCCGCCCGCGUCUGCGUCGCCAUCUCGAGGAUGCGUUUCUUGGUACGAAGGUGGCAGAAGGUGACAGGAGGGUCCUUCACUAUCAACAGGAACGGUUUAGGACAGAGCCCAGAGGUGAGAAACGACUCUCCGUACCUGCAGCCAUACACAGAGAGACGAGGAACAAAUCGAGGACGAUCAGGACCAGACUCACUAUACACUACACACACUACACAGCACAGCAGGUACGGAGGUGUGAGUACAGACGCAGAGAUGCUGUGUUCACACCUGCAGAACUACGAUCCCGACCGAGCUCUGUCGGAUUAUAUCUCCCGCCUGGAGGCUCUGCAGCGGCGGCUGGGCUCUGUGCCCUUAGGCUCGUCCACCCACGCUCAGAUGCACUUCGGAAUGAGAAGAUAGAAGUUUUGACUGGAACUGAAUGGACGACACACACACACACACACACACACACACUCGGUUGCCUUUCAUGUGGAUUCACGUCUGCGGGACCAACACACACACACACACACGGGGGCUGGGGCUGUACAUGUUUAGUUUGUGAUCGGUUUUUCUGUACGUGUAUAUCCGCGGGAACGAUGAUUAUUUAACUUAAUUUAUAGUGUGGUGUGGUGCGGUAGGGGGUGAACCUCACUCUAGAGGGUUUGGAUGAUUCGAAUGCUGCUGCAACUGCUGCUGCUGGACUCGUGAUAACACCGAUAACACGCCGCCGCCGCCCAAGGACGCGGGAGAGAAAGGCAGCUUAUCGCCGCGGCGGGUUGGUGCGACUCGUACGAUCCUCCGGGGGUUCCGAUAGCGCGAGAGCGCGGCGUGGAGCGCGGCGUCACGGCCGCGCCCGGUGUUGUGACUGGCGCUAACACUGUGUUUUAUUAGCUGGUGUUCCUGAUCUGAACACGGAGGACAUUUGUAGAGUAAAUAUUUUUGUAAAGGCAGGAGCUUCGACUUUUACGGCUAUUUUGUCAACACUAAAAUAAAGAUAAAUAUAAGAUUUAA